GGAAGGUCACAGGUCCAGACGCGGGUCAGUUAUAUGCAAUGAAAGUCCUCAAGAAGGCUUCGUUGAAAGUCAGGGACAGAGUUCGCACCAAGAUGGAGCGAGACAUUUUAGUGGAGGUCAAUCACCCCUUCAUAGUCAAGUUGCACUACGCCUUCCAGACCGAAGGGAAGCUCUAUUUAAUCCUGGACUUUCUCAGGGGAGGAGACGUCUUUACGCGCUUAUCCAAAGAGGUUAUGUUUACAGAGGAAGAUGUCAAAUUCUACCUAGCAGAGCUGGCUCUGGCUCUCGACCACCUGCACCAUCUGGGCAUAGUUUACAGAGACCUCAAACCAGAGAAGUAUGUACCAUAA